AUGGCGUUAAGUUUGAAGAAGUUCAUCAGUAGAGGUACAGCAACAAAAGCCCGUCAGUACUUAAUACCCAAAACUCAUCGUAACCUUAGUUUUAAAUACAAUUCUUCUUCUUCUUCUGUUUUGCCGUCCCUUUGGUUUUUUAGAUCCAAUUCUUCUUCUCCGCUAUCAAAGUUCAGAUGUAAUUCUUGUCGGCCAUCAUCGAAGUUUUUCAGAAUUGAGCCGGAACCCAUUUUCUCCUCUGUGAAAUCCUUUGCACCGGCGACGAUAGCUGACGUGGGGGACCCGAACUAUGAUGAUGUAAUCAAUUGCGCGAUCGAUGGGCUUGGCAAUUAUGUUACCGUGGAAAUUUCUGACCACCCCGUUCCUCCUUCAAAAGUAUCAAUCAAUUCCGUUGAGAGCGAGGUCGACCCGCUAUGGAAUUACGACACGCUCGACCCUUCUUUUAAUUCCGCUGCAAUAGCAGCAAGAUCCGUCAUGGAAAGACUGGGAAUCAAAUCCGUCGGUCUUUCCCUCACUAUCGAGAAGGGAUUAUCAGCGUUAGGGAAAAUUGGAUCGAGUGCUGCUAAUGCUGCUGCAGCUGCUGUUGCUGUUAAUGAGAUUUUUGGAAGGAAAUUGUCGGUCGUAGAUUUAAUCCAAGCAAGUCUCUCUGUAUUGCCAUACUAUAAAGAUUGUCACAUCGAAAAUUUAACGGCAGCAUUCAUGGGAGGAUUUGUUAUGAUCGACAACUACGUGCGUCUUGAAAUAAUUCCUCUUGAAUUUCCUGCUGAGAAGGAUUUGUUUUUCGUUCUAGUAACCCCAGAAAUCGAAACUCGAGGAAAAUUGAGAACCGUUAGGAUAACGGAUAAUGAUUUUUGGAUUUGUCGUCGUAUGGUAUCUCAGAUGCAUGGACCUGAAAGGAUUAAUAGGGGUUGGCCAAAGUGUGAGUCAUUGAUUCCUGGUCUUAAAGUGGGGAAGAAAGCUGAGGGAGCGUUCGGGUGUAGAAUAUUUUGGGAUAAGCAAGUAGAUGGCUUGGAUGUGCAACUGGACAUGAUGGGCCCGUAUGAGAAGCUGGAGAGGACGUCAAAAAUUCCUGGUCUUGCAGCGGUGAUGAAGGCGGCAUGGGAGAAAGGAGUAUUAGGUUGUAAGUUGAUUGGAACUAGGGUUGUAGAUGGGGAAGAGAGUAAGGAGAUUGGAAAUAAAAUGAGGGUUGUUGCAGUCACUGAUGAUGAAGAGGAGGCUAAGGAGAUUGGAAAUCGAAUGGUGGAAGCUUUCCUCAACCAUGGAGGUGUGAAGGCUUCUGCAGUUGUUCAUAAUCUUGAUCGGGUUGGUGCUAGGGUUAUUUCUUCACAGCCAUAUUGGACGAAAUUUUGCUGUUACUGUAGCAGGGAAGCCUAG